AUGGAUGAUUUAAUUCACUGGUUUGAACUGAGAAUCUCAUCCUCACUUAGACCGAGACCAGAUGAGGUUAAAACCUUUCUUAAAAAUCCUGAAUACAGGAUACACCUCAUUGAAUUUUUGAGAAAUGAAGAUAUCCGUAGGCUUUAUGUUUUUUUUGCAUCCUCAAAAGGAGCACUUGCUGCUUGCCUUACCCCAUCUUCAGGGUUGCAGAGUAAAUGCAUUUGUUUCUUGAAGUUCAUCAAAGUGACAAAACUAACUCUGGAAAAUAUUGCUGAUUAUGUGGUAACAAUAGAUUGUGCUAAAACACCUUUGAAACAUCUUGACCUACUGUUGCAUCAAGUCUACCUACCUCUUCUCUGCACAGAUGUGGCCUUAUCACGGGGCAGCACUGCUAGCAUGGACAAACUUGUGGAUGUUCUACACAAAUUCACAGGGGAAGUAGAUGUCAUUGAAGGUCUUGUUGAGGGCUCAAUUGUGCUUCCUAUACCAGCAGCUAAGGUGCUGGCUAAAGCAGUAUCUUCUGUGGAAAAACGAGGUGCUGUUAUUCAUGUCUUAGAGUCAACCAUUAUUGGAUGGAUUAAACAAAUAAAGGUCGUUUUGAAACAUGAUCCACUAAAUGAGAUGAAAAAACAGGGCCCCAAGGCAAGACUUUCUAAUGAAAAAGCAAUGUGGGAAACACAUAUCAAUAAGCUGAAAUCUAUUAAUGAACAACUCGAUUCUGCAACUGCUGCUGAAAUUGUCUCCAGUUUGGAGCAGGCAGAGAGUGCUUAUGCACACUCAUUUAAACAAGUCAGAAAAGAUAUUAAUAAAUGGAUCAUGGAAAGAAGAGAAGUCUAUCAGUGCUGGUGUCCCCUUCAGCUUCAGCAUCAAAGAGACCUAAAUCUUUGGUUCCCUCGCACUCAGGAAACUGAAGCUAACCACUACAGAGGCUACGGUACCGACUUCAACAGUACCGACUGUGAGCGCACCGAAGGUUUCGGUGCCAGCGAUUACAGAAUUGACCACCCAGGUGCUAGCCCCUCCUACAGUGCUGGCCCUUUCUUCAGUGCUGUCAGUAUCCUCAGAACCAUAUCUGUCACUGUACCGAAUUCCUCGGCUCUUUAUGAAGCAGAUGAGAAUUUCAGGUACCUGAUGUCACUGCUGCACUGGCUUGAACCAUUGAACUUGGCUGAUUCGUCAUCCGAACUACGAAAAUUCUUUCUGUUACUGCUAUAUACACUGCAGUUGGUUUGGACACAUUCCAGAUACUACCACCAUCCAAAGGUUUUUGUGAAUUUAUUAAGAUUAACAGCCAAUGAAGUAGUGUGCAUGGCAGAGAACAUUGUGGAAGUUGAUGUACUUAAAGACCCCCCAAAGGCUUUUAGACAAUUAAAAGAAGCGUUAAGGGUCUGUGCAACAUUCAGAGGAUCCUACCUUGAUAUAAAGGCCAAAGCAGAUGAGAUAAACUCUAAAAAACUGGAAGAAAAUAUUCACAAAAUGUCCAAGAAGCCAAAAGACUCAUUGUGGAAUGCAAAACUCUAUGGGCCCCAGGCACCAAAAUUCAGCAACAAGGGAUGGUUAGAUGGUAGAAGUGAGCUUAAGACAGAUGCAGACCUGGAUGAGUGGUUGGAUUCUCCUUGGCCUCCACAUUGUGCCAACUGCUUCCAAAAUAUGAACUUAUUUAUGGAAAGAUGCAAUGAUGUCCUUGAGCUGGUGGAAACAACAAGACACUUCCGUCUGCUGGAGAGAGCAGCUGAAAUAGGGGGUGCAGGGACCCCUUCUCUGGAUGCUAUGGUGCAAGACAUACAAGAGAGAUAUCAAAAGACAGCAGAAGCCUUUUUAUACCAGAUUAAAGAUAUUCUGACAACAGAAAAGAACCAUCCAUUUGAGAAAGCUUUCUUUGAUUUCCGAAUUAAAAUUAAAGAAUUGGAACAUCAAAUAGCUGGAGUUCUCCGAAGCAGUUUUCAUCAGUGUCCCACUGUUCAAGCUCAGCUCCGGCUGCUGGAAGUAUUUGAAGGCAUCAGUGGAAGAGAAGUAGUGCAGGUACAUUUAAAGGACAAAGAAGAGCAACUAUUGUCUUUCUUCAUGGAAGAGGUUGAUAAUGUGAAGGCCAUGUUCCACAGAAUGCAGGAGAGACCACCACUGCACAUGAACACAUCUCCUACAGUUGGAAAACUUAUGUGGGUUAAAGGGUUGCAAGACAGAAUAUCCGAACCAUUGACAAAAUUAAGAGCAGUCUGUCCACAUUCUUUAGAAGGAGACUGGGGUUGGAAACUGAGACAUCUGCAUACAGAGGUUAAAGAACAACUGGAAAGAUUUGAAAAAGAUACACUUCAUAACUGGUUUAAGACUGCAGAAGAAGAUUUGGUUGAUGCUCUGAAGCUCCCACUACUGAUUACUACAAAUUUGGAAGAACACAGGCAUCUUCAGACUGUUCAGCUAAAUCUUGAUCCUCGUCUUAUUCUUUUAUUUCAUGAAGCUACUUAUCUGCAGAAGGACCCCUUUAACAUUAAAUUACCAGAGUCUCUUACUGGUUUGUUGAGGAAUGCGGAUGAGACAAAGAUCAGGGCAUUGGAGGCCCGAAUGGAAAUGGUAGUGUGCACAUACAAUGAAGUUAUGAGGACUAUAGCUGAUAUUGAGAAACCUUUGUUUGAUGAGUCACUUUCUAGAAUUAAUGAGAAUAGCCCAAUUCUUCUGGAUAAUGCUCCUGAUAGUCGCACUGUCAGCAUUAUAAGUUGUGAUAAAGGAUCUAUUGCAGCCACAGCUCAGACCAGCCCUUCGGAGGAUGUCCAGUUUGGUGUUGGUGAUGUGCAGACUCCUGAGACAGGGCAGUCCACCUUUUCUUUGGAGGACCUGAGAAUCCAUCUAGAGUUAAGGGGAUUGGAACUGGAGGCUGAGGAGAAGCAGCACCAGUAUGAACUGGAGGGUGAGGAGAAGUGGUGCCAAUGUGAACUGGAGGCCAAAAGUCUAGAGACAGAGGAGAAACUGCAUCUGGAGACUCAAUAUCUAGAGGCAGAAGAAAGGGAGAGAAUGCAAUGUUUGGAGGUUGAGAAAAAUAUUGUCAACAUGAACAGGAGGUUCUUUACCCAGCAAGAGUUGCUUUUUAUAUUUAUUGUGAUUAUCGUUGCUUUUUCUUGCUGGGACAUGGCUGCUUCUACUAAUCAAAGUGAUUCGGUUUCAAGAUCGGGGAAACCAUCAAUGCUAGAAGACUUGGUCCGAAUGGAUGCAAACCCGCUGUUGAAACUCACAGCUUCAGAAUUGAAUAAGCCUGCAACAACUGAGAAUGCUUUUAAAAACAAUAUGGAUAUCCUAUUAUUAACUAGAAAAUUUGAAAGCAAACUUCAAAGGAUACGUAACAUCCAGUGGCAGAGCUUACACAUGGAAGCCUGUCUUAAGUUUAAACUUGUACCCAGAGGUCUUAGGGUACUAAAGAUGCCAACGUUUGGUGAUUCUAAUCCAGAGCUUCUAGCAAAAUGGCAGAAGCUCAAUUUAGAAACUAGUUUCUCAUAUAUUAAAAUCCUCAUCAACCACUAUGACUCUGUCAUACAGCAACUAAUGGAUGAUGUUAAAACUGUUGAGCAUGAUCUACUUAAAGCAUUGGGGAAUGUUGAACUUGCUAUAUUUACUGACGAUCUUAAACGCACUAUAUCAUCUUUAGAUCUGAGGUUGUCACAAGACAAAAAACGUAAACUUGAGCGAGAUUUUUUUGAUUUCAAUAAAAGUCAGGUUUUCUCUUGGCCCCGUGAGAAACCUAAUCUUCGCACACAUUCUACAUCUAGACAUGAGCGUACAACUUUAAAUCCGGUUAAUCCAUCUAACCGGCAAGAGAAGAGACCUUCCCCCGUGAUGACGUCAUUAGAAGGCGCACUUGAACCGGCACCUUCCCCUUUGUCCAUACCAGCCGGGCCACUCGAAGCAACAGUCAUUCCGCCAUCCCGUUUGGUCACCGUUGAAGCUCAGGUUCAUGUGGAUAAGAACACCACUUUGGACACACGAUCUACACCAGCUGACUUACUUGAUACAACAGCCAUUCCGUCAUCUCGUUUAGUUACCGUUGAAGCUCAAGUUCAUGCUGACGAGAAUGCCACAUUGGAUGUAUCGCAUUCCGUGAACACAACUGUUGUUCACAAAACCAACGAUGUUCGUAGGAAACAACUUUCCAUGGAUCCCUUCAUCAUUUCCGUGGAAGAUGAAGUCUUUGGUUUAGGUGAAGGUUUUCCUUCUUUUCCCCUCCCGUACAAAUCCAUCGACAGGAGGACUUGGUCCCCACAAGGGAGAGCGGUGAAAAGGAAAAACACCGACGAGACCACAUAUCCUACCAAGAAGCUCCUGAGAGAAGGAUUGCAUGUUUACACAUGGAAUACAGCAGAAAGCAUGGACUAUGCUGAGCUUGUUACUUCGCUAGUUUGCAGUGACUUGUAUACCAAUUAUAGUACUGUGAAAAACAACUAUAGAGAAAUAGUAGACCUGACUGCAGGCUGGGCUACAGGAAGUUUGGACAUAUUUUCCUGCCGCAUUCUCACCAAAAGUUAUUCCAUCGAUGAACUAGUAAAGGAACAAAGUACAUUGGAUCAAGAGCUAAAAAAUAAACUUGUUCCAGAUGGACAAAAAAUUCAUACACUUCUGCAAGAAUCUUACAUUUCUGUUAAAAUCAGUGAGGCCUCUCCAGCAUGGCAGGAGUACACAGAACAUGUGGCUGUUCUGGUAUUUGAAGGUUUAAAGCGCGUAAUCCUUACCAGCCUGGCUUCCCUACUGAACACUCUUUUGGACAGAGAGCUUGCACCCAUAUUGUGUGUCCAGGCAGAGCUUAUCCAGAAUGAAGUUACAUUUUCACCACCGCUGGAUAAGACAUCAGCAGAGAAAAGUAUACUGGAACAUAUGGAAGACUGGCUGAAGUCUUUUCUUUUGAGAGGUUUGCUGGUGAAAAUGCUCUCUUCUAGUACCAAGGCUGGUUAUCAUGAUUAUUUGGCUGUUGAUGAAGAGGUCUUGCAGCUGGUGGGAUUUAUUCUUCAAGAAGUACAAGACAGAAUAAAAGACUGUCAAGCAACCUUGAGUAUUUUCCAUGAAUAUGGUUUCCUCUGGAAGGAAGAUGUGAUGUCUGCAUUUUCAGAUUUUUUAAAUGGCAAAGGCAGAUUCCGACCUAUAAGCCAUACUUCAUCAUCUGGAGUCAAUUUUAUUAAAGAAAUAAUGGAAGACACAAGUGAAAGAUCCUUCAGCGGACAAAGUAGCAGUCUAAGAACUCAUAGUGCUCUUAUGAUUGAAGCUGAGAGAGCCUUUAUACUGCCUAAGGAUGCCAAGGAUAAGAAAAGGACACAUUUACCAUUGCUGGAAGAUUUUGAUGUUGAAAUCGGAGCUUACAUGACUGCAAGGGAUACAAUAUUAGAUUUUACAGAUGCCCAGGACAUCGGAUGGAUUCGGGUGGAUUACAGGCCCGUAAAACAGGUUAUCGCUGGGUAUGCUUACAAGUGGAUGUGGACCUUCACCAAGUACCUAAUAGACCAGCUGACAGCUACACUGAAGAACCUGGAUGCAUUUUUAAAAAGAACAGAGCCUCAAAUAGAGAAUAUUACUGGUGAAGAAAGAGACACAGAGUCCUUUAUGAAGAUGAUGAGGCUUUUCAAUGAGGUGUCUGCAAAGCAGUCAGAGAUGGAUGUCCAGUUUGCUGUUAUGCAGAAGACCGUCAUUCUGUUGGAAAAAUAUAGCAUGAAGCUUCCUGUUGAGAGUGAGAAGCUAUAUACAGCAAUGCCUGGCCGUUGGAGUAACUUGAAAACCAAAGUUUCACUGGCAAAGCAGCGUUUAGGUCCAAGGAUACAACAGGAAUCUCAGAGAGUAACCAAGGAUCUUGCACGGUUUGGAGGUAUAUUAAUCGAGCUAAGAGAAGACAUGGAGGUCUGUGAAGUAUAUACGCGGGACUGCACAACCAAAAAGGCUUUUCUUCUUAUAGAUGGUUUUGGAAAACGUUUGAAGAAUUUGCAGAAAGAAGCUGAAGACCUAAGAGAGUUACAGGAGUUGCUAGAGGCUACAGUAGCCGAUUUCUCCAUCUUAUCUGAAUGCCAGACACUUGUGAGAAACCUCACUCUGAUGUGGCAGUGUGUUGAGGCUGUUCAUGAACAGCAGGAUAAGUGGAAGAAAGAACUCUGGCAAAAUAUGGACAUUAAACAACUGUACAAAAGCACUUCACAGCAGCUGAAAUUUGUGAAAUCCCUCCCUGCUGAAGUGCACAGCUGGGACAUCUAUGAUGAAACUAUAGAAUUCAUCUCAGACUUACAGUUGACAUUGCCACUGAUUGAAGACCUUGGUAAUCCUGCCAUGAAAACUAGGCACUGGAAGCAGUUGGUGCGGCUGACAGGAGGCGUACUACAUGUCACUGCAGAGAACUUGAGAACUAUGACAUUGGGAGACCUACUUACAUUGGGACUUCAAAAACACAUUGAUCAUGUGAAGACUAUUGUGCAACGGGCUGUGAAGGAUGUUACCAUUGAAAAUGCACUGAAGAACUGUGAGGAGGUGUGGCUGAGUAAAAUAUUUGACCUGAGGCCUCACAGGAGAGUGAUUGUAGCUUCUGUUCAGAAUAAAGGAGGCACAGUCAUGCUUUUAACAAACACAGAUGGCAUCUUUGAAGAACUAGAGCAUCAUCAGCUGCUUCUGUCUACAAUGCAAAACUACACAGAGGCUGGGUCUUUUCUUGAUGAUGUAACAAAAUGGCAAAGAAAGCUUCAAAUCAUAGAAACUGCUGUUAGUUCUUGGCUACAGGCUCAAGAGAAAUGGACUUGCCUAGAAGAAGUGUUUUCUGGUGUUGGAAUAAGGGUAGCGAUGCCUAAAGAAGCAACAGUCUUUGCUGAAGUUCAUUAUGAUUUUAGUCGUUUAAUGAAAGUAACAGAAGAGAAUCCCAAUAUUUUACAGAACUGCACAAAAAGAGGUUUGCAAGGAAUGCUAGACCAAAUGAAUCAACGUUUGGAGCGAUGCCAGCGUGCACUUCUCCAUCAUUUGGAAAAGAGGAGACUUUCCUUUCCACGGCUAUUUUUCCUAUCUUUGGAGGAUACUCUGAACAUUCUGUGUUAUGCAUACGAUCCAGAGAUCUUAAGUCACUAUAUGUACAAGUUGUUUGAGCACAUUGGAGGUCUUGAGUAUGAACAAAUUCCUGAAAGUCGAGAUGUUUACAGAGUGCUGGCAGUGAGAAGUUUUCUAGGUGAAAAGCUAAAAUUUGUACGGCCUAUGGAGUGUAAAGGUCCUUUGGAGAGUUGGCUGCACCAUCUUGUGGAGAACAUUAAAGUGGCUCUUCAACAUCAUCUACAUGUUGCAUUGGAACGUGCAGACAUGCACUAUGGGAGACCCAUUCGUAGUGCAGGUGCUCGGAAAGUGUUUAUCAGUGCACCUGCUUCAGCAGAGGAAACUAAACAGGAAGAAGGACGAAAGCGUAUCAGCCCCAGUGUGAUGAAGGAGGAGGACGAUGAAAGCAAAGUAAAGGAUGUACCAGAGAAGUUACAGAUUUGCGAUAUCUACAGACCAGUGCCUUGGGAGCUCAGUACUGUUAGCGAAGUUUUACACCUUACUACUCACAUUCAGUUUACCAACAAGUGCAAGACCUGUGUCAGUGAAUGGAAUGGAGGAAGCAGCAAUGUUUUCCAGGCAACUAAAUCUAGUGAUGGCACAAGAAGUGUCACACGAAGUGAUGUGAAUGCUGAGCCAUACACAGAGUGCCGAGAAGAAAAGUUUAAAAGGUUCUUUAGUCUUAGCCAGAUCAGAACACUGAGCAAUCGGAUUAUGCUUUUAUUAUAUCAGAAAGACGUUGUUCAGAGAAUGAUAGUGCAGGUAGCUGCAGCUGGAAAUGCUACAGAUUUAAUGGAACUAAAUAUAGCAUCGUGCUACAAGUAUGAAGAGACCAGCAGCGAUAUAACUGUUAAGGUGCAACAGAAUUUGGUGCCACAAAACGAGUAUGGCAAGGACAUGGUAGUCAGAGGGACUAAGGACAGGGUCCAUAUAAGCGAAGCAGAUGGACUAACUAAACAGGUAUUGCAUUCAGUUGUGAAUUCACAGGUUGAACAUGAAAUGCUGGACUCUUAUGUUGCUAAUUUAUCUAAUUAUGAAUUUGACAAUGAUGAAAUGUCUGUUCUAAAGAAGGGGCUAAAAUUUGUUCCUACUGCUUUCCCUAGAAUGCAUGAAAUUAAAAUGGAACUUUUUAGAUUAGUUCGAAAAAUGCAUUUAAAAGAAUAUUUUCAUAAUAAUAAGACAUAUUACAUGAAUUUGACUAGUGAAAAUACUGAUUUAUCUAGUGACAAUAGCUUUUAUUCUUGUGAUUCUGAUGUAGAAAAUAAUGCAUAUGUUAUAUUUGAUACCAGUACAAUAUCUACUAAAAGUACUUUUAUGCCACCAUUUAAAAAUGUUAACAUUCAAAGGUUUAAUAAUGCCAUGAAUUUGAUAAUUGAAAAAGAAUUGUGUGAAUUUAAUAACACCGAGAAAGGAUAUCAUUUAUCAAAAAAUGAAUGUCAUAAAUUGAAACAACUGGGUGAAAGCAAAAGGAGUUUAAGCGAGAGAAUUAAGGAGCAUGUCAGGGAUAUAAAGAAUAAAAAAAUCAACAGCCCAGUAGCAGAUCAUUUUAAUUUAGUACAUAAAGGGAAAACUGAUAGUUUAAUGGUUAGCCAGUCUGAGAUUGCUUAUGGGUAUGAAUACCAGGGAUCUGGAGAGCAUAUCCUUAUUACACCAGUGACAGAGAGAUCUUUUGUGAGCCUGAGUGCAGCUGUGCAGCAUGGAGCCGGAGCACUGUGCACUGGACCUGAGGCGACUGGUAAAAAAUCAACUAUUGCAGAACUGAGUCAUGCUCUGGGUAAACCUGUCUUCAUUUUCAAUUGUACCAGUGCCACAGAUCAUGAUAUUAUUCAAGAUAUCUACAAAGGGCUGGCAUAUGCAGGUACCUGGAUAUGCUUAAAUGGCAUAGAUCAAUUAACUCCAUCUAUUCAGUCACUUGCAGCACAACUUUAUGAACAGAUUCAGGCUGCUAUACAUUCUCAAGCUGUAAAGCCUACAUUUAAUUUACAGACAUUCGAUGGCCCUGUAAAUGGAGAAGGAGUCUGUUUUGCUGUUACUACAAGCUAUCCAGCAAAUCAAAUAUUUAGUAAACGUCAGCCAAGGAUGUGCUCUGCAACAGUCAGCUUGCCGGAAAACCUGCUGAAAUGCUUUCGUAUAAUUAAUAUCAGUAGUACUGACUUUAACUUCAUUUUCAGAAUGUUGCUUAUAACUGAAGGACAAGAGAGCAAUACCACAGAUAUUGACACAGAAGGAGUGAUAGAGUUGGAGAACACAGCAGUGGCUGUUGCAGUCCAUCAUUGUUUGCUACCUCAGCUGACUGGACACAGGGCAAAACUGUUUUCUUCCCUUGUGGUAACACUUUGGUCCAGUACCACUCUUCUACCAGGUGCACUUGCAACCAGGAUUGAAAACAGUGAUGCAUUUUUUCGAACAGAGUCAGCAAACAGUAUGCGAGAAAGCAGUGCAGAAGAGGGGAUUGCUUUACCUGACUCUAUAGAGGAAACAGAAAUGACAAAUGACAUCUCAGAUGCUGACACUGCAGACAAACAACAUAAGGUGUCUGUAUCAGCCAUUAUACCACCAAGGGUACAUCAACUUGCGCAACUGGUGAAUGCAUACCAAAUGGUUGCAGUGUUAGGACCUGCAGGAUGUGGAAAGAGCAGUUGCAUACGGGCAUAUAUUCAACACCAUGCUGGCUUACAACAGGAAGUCGAAAGCCAUACAGUAUAUAUGAGAGCAAUGGAGUACAGAAAACUUCUUGGAUACCUGGAUGAAAACACUGGUGCUUGGGUUGAUGGACUGAUCCCAAAACUUUUGAGGCCUUAUUGCUUACAGGCUUCUGCUUAUGAACAGACAGCUGAUACUCUAAAGAUUUUGCACUUAGAUGGGGAGAUCGAUGAACAACAGAUGGAAAUAAUGAGAAGUGUUUUCUGCAGUAAGGGUUCCUUUGUCCUAGCAAACAGUGAACAUUUGAAACUGCCGGAUUCAGUUAAAUUAUUCUGGGAGGCAAUGAUUUCUCCAGGCUCAGAUAUGAAAUUUGAUGACAUGAAAAGAUGCUUUGUUUUUUCUUGUGCCUGGGCUUUUGGUGGUCUGCUAAACUUUGAAGCUCGGACAGCCUUCAGUCAUUGGUGGAGGGAACAUUUCCAGCAAAACAACUGCAACUUUCCCAAGGAUGGAGAGAUUUGGGACUAUUACAUUGACAGUGAUACCCAUCAGUUUGUCAAAUGGAGUGAUGCCAUUUCUCCGUAUGCUGCACCUUGUGGACAAGGAAUUCCCUCUGGAGCUUUCAUACAUACUGUUUUAGUUGAGCAACUCUUAUACUUCCUAAGCCUUCUUUCGGAUGCCAGUUGCCCAGUAUUGCUAGUCGGAGAAGCAGGCUGUGGUAAAUCUUCAGUCAUGCGUGAACAUAUUAGUACCCUCUGCUCAGGGGAUGUAGCAGAAAAUCUCCAGCUGAAGGUUACAGUAAACAGAUCUACAAGUGCUGAGAUGCUCUGGACAACACUGAUGAAGCAGCUGGAGUGGCAGCAUGGAGCUGUGUACAAACCUUCUGGAAAUAAGAAGUUGUUCUGUCUGAUUGAUGACAUUAACCUUGUUCAGGUUGAUAAUCAUGGAAGUCAACCUGCUUGUGAACUGGUUCGACAGCUUUUAGACUUGGGUGGAGUAUUUGAUCCCAGUUCCUUUAAAUGGAAGUCAGUAAAACAUGUUAGUUAUUUGUCCACUAUGAAUGUGAACACUACAGCACAAGUGCCAAAGCCCAGUCUUCGUCUGCUGAGGCACUUUGUCAUCUUUCAGUGCCAUUACCCUAGUACGUCUGACCAACUAGAGAUAUUCACAUCUUUGUUAAAUGGUCAUUUUUUGCAUCCCAUCAAUGAACAAAAGGUUAGCAAUUUAUUAGCAUCAGGUAAUGAUCACCUCCGUGAUCUGCUUUCAGCCAUCACCUCUGUCACCAUAGAAACCCAGGAGCGCCUGAGGACCAUGUUUCUUGAAACCUCUGAUCGCUGUCAUUACAUAUUCACACUAAGGGACCUGUCUAAAAUAUUCAAAAAUAUUUGCAUCUCUCUGGAUGGCAGCACAUCAACAGAAGAACUACUCUACUUGUGGAAUCAUGAGUUGGAAUGGGUAGAUGGUCACAGAAUGGUGGACUUGGUGGAUUACGAGAGGUUCAAGCAGAGCUACAUUGCAGCAGCUAGGAAAGUGUUUACCAGUGAAGAACAGUUAAAUCUGAUCAUGGCUCCACAACAGCCUUUGUUCAAUAAUAUCAUAGAGCAUGAAGGAGGGUUGAUAACAACAAGUUCAACUCAUCAGAGCCUUAGACCAGUUAAAAAACAAAAGUCUUUGAAUAGCCAUAAUAUUGCUUUGGAUGGAUACCAAAGCACUUUUGAUCUGACUCGUGUAAGGAGACUGCUUGAAGAAAGUCUUAGGGAAUACAACAAAGUGAGCCCUAGGAUGUCUAUUCAGUUUUACAAGACUACUGCAGAACUUGUAUGUAGAAUAACUCGCAGUCUUCUGAGUCCUCCCGAGGUGGCUCAUACCAUGCUUUGUGGAGAGGGCUGCCCAGAAGUAGGCAUUCUGUUAACAAAAUUGGCUGCCCACUUAUGCAAUUUCACUAUGGUUCAACUGUGCUCUGACCCUCAAGAAGACAAAAGAGGACAAAAGGCUCAACAGUUCAGGAAUCAGUUGAUAGAUAACUACAUAGAAGCUGGAUUAAAGGGGAAAAAAAUAAUUUUUGUGUUGACUGAAGAUGAGAUAGACACUGCGGUACUGGUGCACAUCACUGACCUAGUGGUAUCUGGAUCAGUGUCUGAUCUUUUUUCUGUUGAGCAGCAAGCCACAAUUACAAAUGCUGUACGGAGUGAGGUAACAAGUACUGGCCUCACAUACACAAAAGAGACUGCAUGGCAAUUUUUUCUGCAGUCCAUUCAACAGAACUUCCGCUGGAUGUUGAUUUGUCCAAAUACUGGAACUGCCUUUCAGAAGAAGUGCCUUGAAUUCCCAGCAUUGACAAAUGCAAUUAAUGUCUACGUGGUUCCUCACUGGUCCAGAACUGAAAUAGUCCAGCACGCCUACCAUCACAUUCAAACUCUUGGUAUGCUUAGUCCAAAGGAGAAGGAAAACGUAUCUCAUCUUUUGGCUUCGAUGCAUCUUGCUAUUUCAAAACAUGAUGGUAACUACCAGGGACUGGGAAAAUACGGUUCAGUUACAAAUUCAAUAUUUGAGAAGUUUGUUUUGUGCUUUGUGUCACUAAUGAAGAAAAAACAUGAAGAAAUUUUGGAAAACCACCAUAAAGCAGAAAACGUAUUGGGAGAGAUCAAGGCUAAAAUAAAGUCAUAUAGUAAGCUGAGAUCUGACCUCCAGCAUGAAUUAAUUGUUGUAGAAGAUCAGAAGCAGGGAGCAGUGAGGAUGCUUGAGCAAAUAGCCCAGGACAAAGCUGUCGGUGAGCAGCAGAUCUGUAACAUCCAUCAACAGCUGAAGAAAAUUAAAAAUCUUCAGAAACUCUUGCCCAAGUAUGAACUUGCUCAUGAGCAAGCCAUCUACAAAUCUUCAGCUAUUUUGUCAGACCUGAAAGAUCUUGUACAGCAGAUGGACAUAACUGCUUUAGGAGAAUUGCGUGCAAUGCAGAAGCCAGAUGUAGAUAUUGAAGAGCUGAUGGCUUCUAUAAUUAUUCUUCUGAAAUCACCCAGUGCAGAUCUGACCUGGUCCAAGGGUGCUAAGAGGCAAAUGGCUAAUUUGGAUCGAUUCUUAGAUGAGCUUAUCACUUUUGAUAAAAUUCAGUUGACAGAGCCUACACUACAGCUGCUAGAAGCAAACAUUGGAAAGCAUGUGUUUACUGUAGAAAAUAUGGAGGCGAAAGCUGGUCAGAAUGUAGCUGCUGGAACCUUACUGAAAUGGCUUCAAGGAGCUGUCCAUUAUUACAGAGUUAUCUACUCAAAGGUCAACCCAUUACAAACUAAAGUACAAGAGAUGAAAGCUGCUCUAGAUCAAGCAGGACAGAAAAAGAAAACUCUACAGAACAAACGAGAUAUUCUCCUUACACGGCUAAAUGAUUUAGAAAAGGGCUUUGAAGAGGCUACCAUUGAUAAGAACAUUCAGCAACAAAAGACUAUGGAAAUGUCUGAAAGACUGGAAAUGGCAUCAUCAUUUAUGGAGGUGCUGGAUGGUGAGUGUAACAAGUACACUGAAAUUAUCAGAUCUCUUCAAGAACGCUUAAAUGGCCUGCUGGGACGCAUAUCAUUAAUAGCUGCAUUAAUAUCAUACCUUGGUCCGUAUGACUCUUCUUUCCGUCAGCGCAUGCUAUCUGAGGAAUGGCCCACGUGCCUUAAAGAAAGAGGUCUUUCCCUUGUGUUUGAUUCCAUUGAUUCUGUAAAAGGCAGAGUAAUUGAUUUCUCAGUAGAAUUCUUCAGGGAGGCUCCUGAGGAAAAUGAAAGGAGACCAGAUGUGAAAGCUGAUUACACAGAUCAGGAAAGACACGGAUAUCUGGAUGAUACAGUGUGCAAUGAAGCUGAGACAGAGAGACCAAGAACUGUUCAGAGUUUACAAAAGCAAAGUAAUUCUGAAGUUUUAAUGAAAGACUUCCAUCCAGCAGUUAUUCCUGAAGAGCAUUAUCCAGAUUAUAUUAAAGCUUUGAUGAAAACGGUAAUAAAUGAAAACUGGAUUCAGGAGUGGAUAAUGAAAGACUGGACGAUUCAACAAAUGGAAAAUGCUGCCAUUCUUCUUUCUUCAUGGCAAAGACCUCCUGUUUUGAUAGAUCCGUUUUAUCAUGAAACAGAAAUGUGGUUUAAUGAGGUUGAAAAAAAAUGUGGUAACACAGAUGUCAUCAGUGUCAGACUUAAAGAAAAACAAGAAGAUAACAUUUUCCAGUCAAUUGAGAAGGCAAUUCUAACUGGCAAUAACUUAUUCUUGUAUGACUUCACAAAAAAAUGGGAGAGUUUGUUGAAUCCACUCAUUGAUCAUUGUACCACACUCGCUACACAAGAGACACAGAAAGGUUGCUCUAAUGUAAUAUGCUUUAACGGACGAAGACUGAUUUGUUCUAAUAAGUUUAGAAUGCAUUUGGCCAGUUCUUCAAUACUGCCUCAGUUCAGUGCAGAAAUCAGCUCUCGGACAACAUUUAUAAAUUGUUCUCCAAGUGAAGAAAGCCUACUGGAGCAGUUACUAAAUAGAGCUUUUGCAAGCAGACAACCAGAGCUCUACCUGGAACUUAAGAAAACAUCUAAAGCAAUUAUACAACACCAGCACUCUCUGCAUCAGCUAGAGGAAAUGUUCGCCGAAAGUCUGACCACUUGUACUGCUAGGAAUAUAGAUAGCACUGCUGCUGUUAUCAUGGAUAUCUUCACUCUCAAGAAGGUGGUGUCUCAAAAGCUUCAAAAGGCUAAAUCUCUUUGUGACGACCUCCUGCAGUUUAGAAAUGAACUAUUGCCUUUGGCGAGAAGAGGUGUUCUUCUGUUUUGUCUACUGAAAGCAUUUAAAUGUUUAGCUAAGGAAUAUCAGUUCCCUCUGGAUAGUUUCCUGAAGCUUUAUGAUCAAGUUGUUGGACCCAGACAAGAAACGGAAAAUGAAAAGUUUCAGGUUGAAGAUAUAAAGAGAAGUGAUUCACCUCCCGUUCUUUCUCAGAUCACACCUUCAGCUGACAAUGCAAGAUCUUCAGAUACCAAUACAUCAAAUGCUGCAGAGGUACCCUCAUCUGAGGAUCCUGAACAUCAAGAAACAUCAUCUCACCAAAUGGAAACAGUUCUUGUUCCACCAGGCCCUGAGCUUCCAACUCAAGGAGUGGAAUAUCUCAGCCUCUUAGCUAACCAGAUCAGAAAGCUGGUGGAUCAUUUGACUCAGAGUAUUUACCACGUAGUCAUACAAAGGCUGCAUCCUCAGCAUGCUGUUUUAUUCUCAUCAUUGUUGUGCCUACAAAUGCAAUUGGAGAAUGGAGGUGCCUUUACAGAAGAAGAGCUCAACUUUUUUAUUCAUGGUCACCUGGAUUAUGACAUGAAUGCACUUUUGCUGACAGACUCUUCGUUAAAUAUUUCUCCACUGCCGUGGUUGUCUCCUGACAAAUGGAAAGGGUUAUUAACUCUGUCUUUAAUUCCUGGACCUCUAGAGAAUCUUUUUGAACAAGUUACCUUAAACUCAUUGCAAUGGGAAUCAUGGUAUAACAGUUACUAUCCAGAAGCAGAACAUCUGCCUUUCAGCAUCAUGCAGCAGAAAACGAAAGAAUCUGCUGUAGAGGAAGGAGACAGUGUUAUCCCAGAUCACACUGAAAAUUUUGAUCCUGACCUGGAUUCUGAAUUCCACCAGUUGCUUAUACUGCGCAUUUUACGUCCAGAUCGCCUCACUGCUGCUUUAUCUCAUUACUCAAGAAAGCAUAUGCUUCAAGUUACUCAAGAUUUUCAUUAUCCUAAUAUGAAUGAGAUAAUAGAUGCUGCUCAGAGUAAACUUGGGAUACUUAUUCUCCUUCAGCCAGCCCAGCUGCAUUGUGGGAAACCUUCUGCUGGUACCAUAGUCAAGACAGUACCACCCAAAACAAUCAUCUGCAAAUCUGCUGUGGAGAUGGGCAUUUCUGUAAGUCCAUUUAGUGCAAGGGAAGGCUGUGAAAAUGAAAUAGAAGCAGCACUCGAAGACAUAUUAAAGAAAGAUAGCUGGUUGCUCAUAGAGAAUCUUCAGCUGGCAUCUAAGUCAUUUCUCAGGAGACUUCAUCAUAUUCUGAAUAACGCAAAAAAACUGAGAGAAACUCGGAACCUAAAAAAUCACUUCUGUGUCUGGCUGACUUCUGAACCUGGAGCACGAUUUACAGAGGACUUUCUGGCAGCAUUGUAUAAAGUAUCCUGGCAUAUCCUAGCAUACAGCCAUAUUAGUAAUAAUGGACAACUAAGUAGCUUGUUUACACCUGGAGCGCCACAGAGUUUGCUUCCUACAGCAAUUUUGUCAUCCUUUGAUCUGGUGAAUGAGGAAAGCUGGAUUAAAUUGCAGGAUCUCCCUGCAUUGAACAGCAGCCUUUGUUUUGGUGCCUGCAUUCUCCAUGGAAUAAUCUUCAUGUUGUCAUCACUGUGUGCAUUUGGAGUGCGUCAACUGUAUCCUGCAGGCUACACUCAGCUCAAUCAGGUUAUUGAUACCAUCCUGUUCUUUUCUCUGAAGUUACAAAAUCCAAGCGAUGAGUUUUCUGGCAUGAUUGUCAAAGAAGUCACUUCAGUUUACACAAACCUUGUCACCAGUAUUGAUGAUACACUGUACAUUGAAAUACUGGUGAACGAUAUAAUAUCACAGUGCCUGAAGCAAAGUGGCAAUAUAGUUAUUGAUCACCUCGUUAUCCCAGUGCCUCCUGUCAAUGUAAUUCCUGUGAAUUAUGGGUCAUGGCUAAAGGACAAAUUAGCAGAUCAAGGCUCCAAGGGAGGACUGUCACUGAAUGAGAACAUAGAACAAGCAUACAAUGACACAUGUGCUGCUGAGUUUUUACGUGAAUUAUCAAAUGUGUACGAAGCCAUGCAGUAUGGUCUUCCAACAGCAUAUGAUGAAGAAUUCAAGGUCAAAAAAAGAAUAUCACUGCUGCACGUAUCCUUGGAUCUGGUCAUAGAACAACUGCCACCCCUUUUAAAGGUUGAGAAGCUAACAGAAAGUAGUACUGAUUAUAAGUUUCCAUAUCUCAUCCAAUCUGGUCUCCAAGAACCUACUGAAAAGAAUGUCAAAGAACCUGCAACAGUCAACUAUGUUAUGUUUCAGGAAUGCCAGCAGAUGAAUGUUUUGCUCCGCUUCAUUCAACAGCAACUCCAUACCCUCACUCAGUGUGCACUAGGAGGCACAGCUAUAGUUCCAAAUCACCUCACUGAAGUGGCAUUAGCAUUACAAGAAGAGGAAGUUCCAAGGUCCUGGGUUAAUUGCAGUUGCCAAAUGAGUCCUGUUUCACUUUCCCACUGGAUAACAAAUCUGAAGAAGAGGCACUUCCAGUUAAAAGAGUGGCUUGAAAAGGCAGUGGAAUCUACUAUGAAGAAAACAUCAUUUAUAUUAAAGUCCAUAUGGGCAGGUGGCCUGUACAACCCCGUGGCUUUGCUGAUUGCCCUGAGACAUGAAUAUGCAGUCUACAGUAAAUGUCUACUGGAUGAGGUGAUCCUCAUUUGUCAGAUAAAUAGUAAUAUGGAACAAAGAGAUGAAGAAGCACAGGAAUAUCAAAUGUCCUUCCAGGGUCUUUUCCUGCAAGGAGCAUCAUGGGAUUUCCCAAACAAUUACUUGGAAGAUGCAAGAGCUGAAUUUACACCUCUUCCAUUUGUUACUGUAAUACCUAUACUGGAAAGCGAUUUAAAAUCUGAACCUGAACUUGAAUAUUAUAAUUGUCCGAUAUACAUGGAUGAAACCAGACAGUUUUGCAUUGCAAGAGUGCAUCUUCCUUUUUCCCAAACACUUCAACGAAGGAGACUUAAGAGAGUUGCUGUUCUCCUAAAUUUAGCCUCUGCAGAUCAGAAGUUAUCCAGCUUAAACACUCAAGCCAAACUGAGAAACAAAAAGUUAAUUCAUCUGCCUAAGCAUUAUUCAGCCAGGAAGAAUAAAAAUGAUAUGGUAUCAGAAGAAGCAUGUCUUGAAAAUGAAGCGGACAGGGUGACCAGUAACAAGAAAGAAUCAGAUGCUUAUUCUUCACAAAACAAAGAAAGAGAAUAUAUAUCUGAAGAAAAAGGACCAUGUCAAGAUCAGUAUUCCACUGAUGAUUCUAAAUUAUUAAGCAACCAACCCCUUUAUCUGGUACCUGGUGAUGAAUCCAUUUUAAAUCAAAACAUGGAGAGGGAGAAGUCACAAACAUCUGUUCGGAAAUAGGCAGAAGUAGUGAAGAGGGUCAGUAGCUUCACAAAGCUAGUUGUGAUGUACAAAGGAUCUCAGUAACACACACACGCAAUUAGAUAUUACAAUUCAAGGUUCAAAUGAAGAUACUCUUAGGCAUUAAUUCCAUGCAUAUAACAAAAAGUCUGGAUUUCCUUACCUUUAUAAAAAGAAGCUCCUUCGGGAAAACACAGAUGAUCAUGUAUUUGUGCCUGAAUCUGAAGAGACUGCCAUUGAUAAGGUCCUUGAGUUAAAGCAAAAAAUUCUAGUAAGUAAGACAAACAGCAAGACUGAAAAUAAGAAAAGGGAAAUAUCAGUAUACAUAGCAGUUGGAGUUACAUAAAUAAUUCUCACUCAUACUCAUACCCAGUGAAUCUUACCAUCUUAAGGCAUAAUAAUGCCACUUUAAGGGCAGUAACAAAUAAACGUUGACAGCUUUUAAUUCGAAGGAACUGUUAUUGAGACAAAACAGUAAUGCUAUAGCCCUUUCCUUUGUACUGCAUUAGUAAAUUACUGAUUGUCAUAAUCCAGUAAUUACUGUGUUUUUAUAUGCUUUCAUUUUAAUAAAGAAGAUGAUGUUAAUGAAGAUCAUAAAAUCUUAA